AUGUCGAGCGCACUCCGCCGUUUGGCGCCGCUUCGUCGUCCAGCGUCUUCCCUCCUGCGUUCGCAUGCUUCUUCAGUAUCGAGACUGCAGCAAUCAUCCACCGCCCUUCGCACACUCUCCACCGGCGCAUCACCUUCAAAGUCUCUUCCCGCGCUUCUACAGUCAUCAAAGUCUUUCAACUCGCUACAAGUGCGCCAAUUCAGCCUGACAAGUAGAUGCCAUGAGGAACAAAUCGUCAAGGUGCCAACCAUGGCCGAGUCCAUUUCCGAGGGAACCUUGAAACAGUUCUCAAAACAAGUCGGUGACUACGUCGAGCUGGACGAGGAGAUUGCCACCAUCGAGACCGACAAGAUUGAUGUCGCCGUCAACGCGCCUGCCGCUGGCACGAUCAAGGAGUUUCUUGCAAACGAAGAGGACACUGUGACCGUUGGACAAGAUUUGGUAAAGUUGGAACUCGGUGGAGAGCCUGGGGAGAAGAAGGCAGCAAAGGCAAACGACGAGCCAAAGCAGGCAGCUUCAGAGGAUAAGAAGACUUCGUCACAGAAGGAGGGCGAGACGGAGAAGUCAAAGGAGGAGUCAAAGCCAGCGCCCAAGCAGGAAUCGAAGCCCGAGCCACCAAAGCAAGAGUCAAAACCACAACCUCCCAAGAAGGAGGAGUCGAAGCCAAAGGAGUCGGAGUCAAAGCAGGAAUCACCAUACGGCAGCCGCGAGGAGAAGCGAGUCAAGAUGAACCGCAUGCGCCUGAGGAUUGCAGAACGCCUGAAGCAGUCGCAAAACACGGCCGCUUCGCUCACCACCUUCAACGAAGUCGACAUGUCCGCCCUGAUGGCUCUACGAAAGCGUUACAAGGAUGAGGUUCUCAAGAAGACGGGCGUCAAGUUCGGCUUCAUGAGCGCCUUCUCCCGCGCUGCUGUUCUUGCGAUGAAGGAGGUUCCCACCGUCAACGCCAGCAUCGAGGGCCCAGRCGGCGGAGACACCGUUGUUUACAAGGACUACGUCGACAUCAGCGUGGCCGUCGCUACUGAGAAGGGUCUCGUCACGCCAGUUGUGCGCAACGCUGAGAGCAUGGACAUGAUUGGCAUUGAGAAGUCCAUCGCAGAGCUCGGAAAGAAGGCUCGUGACAACAAGCUCACCAUUGAAGACAUGGCCGGCGGUACCUUCACCAUCAGCAACGGCGGCGUCUUUGGCUCUCUUAUGGGCACCCCUAUCAUCAACCUUCCGCAGACUGCCGUCCUUGGACUUCACGCCAUCAACGAGAAGCCUGUCGCAAUUAAUGGCAAGGUCGAGAUUCGGCCGAUGAUGUACCUUGCCCUCACCUACGACCAUAGAUUACUGGAUGGCAGGGAAGCUGUUACUUUCCUGGUGAAGAUCAAGGAGUACAUUGAGGACCCAGCAAAGAUGCUCCUUGCUGUUUGA